UGAGAGAACGGGAGCUGAGGGAGGGGGAGCGGCCGGGCGUUGGAAUAACGGUCGCUUCUGACACCUGCGGGAGAGGCAACCAGUAACGGCCAGGCUGUAGGGAAGGCAGGGGAACUGUGAGAUUCUCCUUAAGGAAAGACUCAUUCUCCUUUCUCCUUUCCAUUCGGCCACCUUGCGAAGUCUGAGGAGAUAACCGUCUAAAAAGGCUAAGAUGAAUGAGAAGAUAAGACAACAGCAAAAACUGCUGACAUCUCGUCUACAGCAUAAACCAGAUGACACAAAUGUGCCACAUAUGGUGAAAGGAAAGUUUCUUAAACACGAAGAAGCUUCUAGAAUUGCAGGAGAUGAACAUCCACUAUUAUUUCCUGCAGAUAUUUCUUCAGAUCUCCGCACAGCUGUUUGCAGAACAAAUACUGCAAGAAAACGCAAAGAAAAAAACAAAGAAGGAGAGUUGGGUUUUGAGUAUGUUUUCUCAAGAAUAUAUAAGGAAAGAACAAAACCAGUUGUUGACCAUGCUAAUGAAGUGGCUGAGUGGAAUGAACAGAAGAUCUUAGAAUAUUCUAAUCUGAAAAGCAAGAGCACAGAGAAGCUUUCUAUUACUCCUCUCUAUGAAGAUUCUAGCUGCACUGUUGAUACUUUUGCUGAAUGUGAAGGAAAGUAUAAUAGAUAGGUCUAUGUUGGAAAUGCAGCUUAGAAAUUGUUAAAUGGUUUUAUAAUGACAAAUUUUGAAUAGAAAAGGACAUUUUCCCUUUUCUUUUGUGUACUAUAUGUAAAUGGGUGAAAGUUAUGCAAGAAGAAUUAGAUUUUAACCCUUUUGUAGACAUGAGAAGAGGAUAUGGAGGAGGAUACUUUUAAAGUGUCCUAUGCAAAAGCUCAAGAAAAAAUUGAAGUGCAAACUGUUUCUUCACAGUUAAGUUGCCACAGAAGAACAUGUAUGAAAUUUCAAGCAGGGUAUAAUCACAAAUUUGUCAGAAAAAAGUCUCCUCCCUCUUAUGACAAAACUGAGCCCAUUAUUGAUGAUGUGAUAUCACAUAUUUUGAGACUGAGAGAUAAACUUGGAUGGGAGACAUCAUUACCAAGAUGUGGAUUCAUAGCUAACGAAGAUGGUAGAACUGAUAAGCAGAAGAUUACAUUGCCGAGUGUUUCAUUACAGAAAGAUGAUGGAGAGUAUGUAUACUGUCUCAUAAGAAGCAGGGAUGAUCCUAAAGCAGCCUAUGAUCCUUAUGACCUUCAAGUGGUUUCGGCAAAUUUGGCUAGACAAUUUAAAGAAUAUUGGACUAUUACAGCUUCAUAUAUUUCCAAGUUUACCUUGGUGUGUGGAGAAGAAAAAAUGGAAAUAAGACCAGUAAUAGAAUGGUUAUAUGAAAGACAACUUUAUUAUGCCUUACGUAGUAUUAAGAUCUGUUUUAACUUCAGAAAAAUUAAAUAUUUUAUUGUGUGGAAAAGCAACGUUAGGAGAUCAAAAGUAAAGAAGAGCAAAAUGGUGAUAUACAAACAACUAUUUUUUGUUGAUGAGAUAUUACAAAACUGCUUGCUUUAUAUCCAAGCAUUAUGUGUGGAUGUAAGUAGCCCUAAGAGAAAUAAAUCUUCAGAGGAUGUAGCUAUUCAUUUUAUAAAGAUAGACACUUCCUACACUUACACUUUGAAUGAAUUUUGUGAGAAACAGUAUCAACAGAGUCAACUAGCACGUUCUCUAAUACAAACUUUUAGAGACAAAGUAAUCAAAGUAAUUCAGAGGUCUUUUUUAAAGGUCGCUGAAAUGAAAGGAGCAGAAAAGCUUUUUCAACAUUUCCCAGAUGAUGUCACAGAAAAGUCAAAACACUUUGAAAUAGCUGAAUGGCGACACAUUAUGGAAAGGUUUUCUAGAUUUCUUCAGCUUGUUGAUAGGAUCUUUCAAGAACUACUUCGCAGAUUGGUUCACAAUGCUAUUGAUCAUCUUUUGGAAAUAUUUAAAGGUUCCAGUAUGAUGGUUGCUCCAAAAGAGAAGACAAAUGAAAAGCUUAUAAGAUUGUUUAAAAAAACAAUUGAGCGAGCAGAUGAUCUUUUACUCAGUGAAAUCCGAUGUCCCUGGAUGCAUCAAAACAAUUAUUUUCAAGAACCUCAGGAAUUACCAUGCCCUCCAAAGGAACAUGAAGUACAACAAGACAUCAUUACCACCAGUGAUAUAGACAAGAUUCUGGAAGAAGUAAAAAGGCUGCUGAAAGGAGAAGCAGAAUAUUCACCAAUAUUUGAAGUAAAUUUAUGUCUGAGAAUUCCUUAUGAAAAGGACUUUUAUAGAACAUAUUAUCCAGAUGAUGAGGAUUUAACAGAAACACCAUUAGAAUCUGUGAAAGAAGAGUUAGAAUAUAGUGAAGAUUUUAAAAAUUUGGCUCAGCAUGACAGCAAAAUCAAAUUUGAACAACAACUAGAAGAUACUAUUACAAAUGCAUCCCAUAGUGGAAAAAAGAAGAAUUAUAAUGUUCUAGAUCAAGAAUCUAUCGCUGAGUCCAGUAAUGGAUCAAUCAUAUAUGAGAGUUCUCCAUUAUUCUCUACAGAUGUAUAUCUAACUCCCAACAGAAGAGAGUUUUCAGUACAGUUGCAAGGAAUUUUGGAUGGACUGGAAAACACUAUUGACCAGAUUGUGCCAUUUUCUCAAGAUCCUCAACUAUCAAUCUUUGUUAAUCAGUCUUUAAAUAAAGGAAUGCAGUCAUAUGAGACUUACAUUGAUCCUGAACCAGAAGAUUAUGUGGCAACAUGGCCACAUUGUGAUCUCAUUCUGGGAACAGAUCCAGAUUAUGAAAAUAAAGUUCUGAGCCUUCUCUCUCUUCAGAGUUCUUCACUGGGCCAAGUUGAAUGUUACAGCAGAAAUUAUAUGGAAUUUUGCAGUAUGGUAGAUAAAGCAAAAAAUACAAGUGAGAAGAUAUCGCUAAAAAGAGAGUUGUGUACAGAUGAGUUCAGAAACAUUUUGGAAAACUAUACAAUUGAUAUCAAGGAGAUUGUGUGCAUGAUUGUUGAAAGACGGAUAUCUAUGUUUAAAGUCAAAAGUUCCAACUAUCAGGAGGAUUGUCUGCCAUAUUUCGAGGUUCUGCUUAAUAAAAUUCAUGUUUCCUUCUAUGCAGCUAUGGAAGCAAAGAAUACACAUCUUGUAGAAAUCACCAGAACAGCACUUGCAAAGCUGAGCAAAGAACUGACAACGGUGGAUGGAUUUAUUGAGCAUCUGCAAUACCUCCAAGAAAUUUCCACAGAUCUACCCAAAAUAAACACGCAGUAUAAUAGUCUUUCUGAACUCUACUAUAUUGCAAAAGACUAUGACAUUUUUCUUCCAAUUCAGCAACUAGCUCUGUAUCAGACCAUUGUGCGCACACUCCAGAAUCUUCAAUCAACUGUUCUCAUUUGUGAAAAAAUGAAGGAUGAUCAUAUUAUAAAAUUCAGUGAAGGCUUAGGAGAAUAUAUUGACAAUCUGCAGGCUGAAAUGAGGGAAUAUAAGAACAAAGUGAGAAACCCUGUCCUCCUCCUCAGUGAAACAUUGCCUAAGACAGCAAAAGAGAUGAUUGAAAGCCUCAUUGAAGAAGCAGCAGUAAUUAGUGAAAAAAUUAUAAACUAUUCAAAUUACCAGACAGUUUUUGACAGCUCUGUUAGUGGCAUGAAAUUACUGUCAUUGGAUAAGCUGUCACAUGCAGAUCAUUCUGGAAAUUCUCAAAAGGUGAAUGCUGAACUUGCUGAAAUUGAAAGUGAACUUGCAUUGCGCAAAUUGUUGUGGGAUUCUCAUGAAGAGUGGACCAAGCUUUUCUUUAGAUGGAAACACACCAUUUUUUGGAAUCUUAAUGUUGAUUUAAUCCAAAAAGAUGUUAACAGGCUCAUUCAAAUCAUACAAAUUCUUGAAAAAGGUUUGCCAGAAAAUACUAUUUUACCAGCUCUGAAGACAUCAUUGAUGGAUUUUAAGGAAUUCUUGCCUAUCAUUAUAGCUUUACGAAAUCCCUGUCUACAAUCAAGGCACUGGGAAAUGAUACAGAACAUUGUUGGACAGUCAUUUUCUGGUGAUAAAAGGAUUACCUUGGAAAAGAUUUUUGAACUUAAUAUGUUUCAGUAUAAAAAUGAAAUUAAUGAAGUCUCUAUAACAGCUACCAAUGAAACAACUCUUGAAAUGAUGCUAAAAAAGAUAAUGGACCUAUGGCACAAAACUGAUUUUCAUUUAUCGCCGUAUCGUACUGAAACAUCAUCUACUUUAAUUAUUUCAUCUGCUGAAGACUUAAUUGCUCAGUUAGAAGAUUCUCAAGUGACAAUUUCAACAAUUAAAGGUUCUUGUUUUGUUGGACCAAUUAAGAGUCUUGUAGAUAUUUGGGGUCGUAAGUUAAAUCUCUUUUCUUGUACUUUGGAAGAAUGGCUGACGUGUCAAAGGAAUUGGAUUUACCUUGAGCCCAUUUUUCAUGCUCCAGAAAUCAAAAGACAGCUUCCAGGAGAAGCAGGUCUUUUCUCUCAAGUUGAUAAUAAAUGGAAGGAAAUCAUGAAACGUACAGAAGAGCGUCCAAAUGCACUCAGGGCCACUACAGCUGUGGGAGUUCUUGAAAUGAUGCAGAGCAACAAUGCAAGCCUGGAAAAAAUUCAGAAGGCACUUGAGGACCAUCUUGAAGUUAAACGUAUGAUUUUCCCAAGAUUUUAUUUUCUCAGCAAUGCUGAACUUCUUGAUAUAUUAGCUGAAAGUAAAAAUCCUGAUGUUGUGCAGCCUCAUCUUGUGAAAUGUUUUGCAAAUAUAAGGAAAAUAUAUAUACGUCCACAAGAACAGAGACCCCCAGUCAUUCUAAUGAUUAGAUCUGCUGAAGGGGAAAUUCUUCUAUUGCCAAAGAGUAUUCGUAUUAGAGGUCCUGCUGAACAGUGGCUAGGAAAUGUUGAGAGUACUAUGUAUGAUAUGGUGCAAAAAUUUAUAACAGUUGGAAUGGCAGAAUGGGAUCAAAUGGAAUUUAAAGAAUGGUUUUUCACGCAUCCAGGACAGGUGAUACUACUUGUGAGUCAAAUCAUGUUUACUCAAGAAUGUGAAGUAUGUUUGCGAAGUUCUAAUUCAAAAAAGGAGAUGAUAUCAGGUCGUAAUGAUCUAAUCAACCUUAUAGAGCAACUUGCAGAAAUAGCUUCAGAGGUUCUUCCCUACCACAAAGAAAGCACAUUGGAAGCAUUGGUUACUUUGUUCAUCCACUGUAGGGAGAUACUAACUGCAUUGCUGGAUCAUGACAUUUGUAAUCUUGAAGAUUUUGAAUGGACAAGGCAGCUGCGUUAUGAAUGGCAUGAUGCUUACCCAUGUAGGGUUAUUCAAGGUUUUGCCUCCUUUGAAUAUGGUUAUGAAUACCUGGGCUGCUCUCCACGUUUGGUUAUUACCCCUCUCACAGAUCGGUGUUGGUUAACUGUCACUGGAGCUCUACAACUGAAUUUAGGAGGUUGUCUUGCUGGUCCAGCUGGUACAGGAAAAACAGAAACUGUUAAAGAUCUAUCAAAAGCUUUGGGGAAACUCUGUCUUUCCUUUAACUGUUCUGAAGGUUUGGAUGAUCAGGUGAUGGGGAAAUUAUUCUGCGGACUAGUUCAGUCAGGAGCUUGGUGUUGUUUUGAUGAAUUCAACAGGAUUGAUAUAGAAGUACUUUCCACAGUUGCGUCACAGAUUCAGACAAUCAAAGCAGCUAAAGACAGCUUCACUGUUAGAUUUGUACUGGAAGGAAAAGAAAUCCGUCUGAAACCAUUUUGUGCAAUCUUUAUUACCUUGAAUCCUGGAUACAAAGGUCGUGUAGAACUCCCUGACAACCUGAAGUCAUUAUUUCGUCCUGUGUCUAUGAUGGUACCAGAUUAUGAACUCAUUGCUGAAAUAAUGUUAUUUUCAAAAGGUUUCAAAUCAGCAAAAACACUUUCAGGGAAGAUAGUAAAUCUUUAUCAUCUUUGUAGCAAGCAGCUGUCACAGCAGGAUCAUUAUGAUUUUGGCAUGAGAGCCAUAAAAACUGUGUUAAUAAGAGCUGGUCAGAAGAGACAAGAAUUAAAAUCCCACACAUCUUCAGUUGGCGUGAUUUUGCAGAGAGCAGAGAGCAAUAUAACAUCAAAUAAAUACAUUAAUAAAAAGAAAAUGUUUUCUACAAUGGAGGAAUCUCUCAUCAUAAUCAGUGUGCUGAAAGAGGUUAAUCUACCGAAAUUUCUUACUGAUGAUGCUUCAUUAUUUGAAGACAUUUUGACAGAUCUCUUCCCAGGGGUGAAAAUUCCAAAAGUAAACCCAAAACAACUAGAGAGUGCAGUAUCUUUUGCAAUACAGCAUUUAUAUUUGCAGUCCUGGGAAAGUCAGAUAGAGAAGGUUAUACAGUUUUACAACCAAAUUAUGGCUCGUGUUGGUGUGAUGCUCAUAGGCCCUACAGGUGGAGGAAAGACUACCAUUAGAACAAUUUUAGAGAAGGCUUUGAUCGUCUUACCUUUGGUGGAUAUAGACAGUAGUACAAAGCUUGAUAUUCUUCAGAACUCUUCAAAAAGAGGCAAAGUAGACACUUUUGUUAUAAACCCAAAAUGUGUAACUCUUGGCGAACUUUUUGGAGAGACAAAUCUCAGCACAAUGGAAUGGUCAGAUGGUCUGCUGUCAUCAGCAGUUAGAAAUUUUGCCAAACUUGCAGUCAGAAAACCUAAGAAAAAAGACGCAAGCCUUGAUAGAAAUUCUGAAAUACAGGAGUUAUACACGCUGAAUACAAUGAAUGUAGCUGAUGCUAUUCUAACUGAGGAAACGGUGCAAUCAACAGAAAAUUUUAACUAUGAAAUUAUUAAUGAUUGGCAAUGGAUAAUCUUGGAUGGACCUGUUGAUCCAGUUUGGAUAGAAAAUUUAAAUUCUGUGCUAGAUGAUACAAGAAUGUUAUGUCUUGCUAACAGUGAAAGAAUUUACUUAUCACCAGGAAUUAGAAUGAUAUUUGAAGUGGACAGCCUCUCUCAAGCCAGUCCUGCUACUGUUAGUAGAUGUGCCAUGGUUUAUGUGGACCCCACUGAUCUAGGAUGGCAGCCAUAUGUCAAGUCAUGGAUGGAAGAUUUUUCUGACCUGAUUGCACAAAAUGAUAUUGAAUACCUUGAAAGUUUAUUUCAUUCUAGUAUACAAAGAGGGAUAGAAUUUCUCAAUAAACAUAAGAAAAUGCAAGCUUUCUCUGUACAACAGAUGGGAGUUGUAAUGAAUAUUUGCAGAAUUGUUGGUUCAUUCAUUAAUAUAAUUCGUCAAAGUCAAGGAUUACAAUCCAGUAGGAAAAGAGGACGUUGUUCAGUGAGUUUUUCAACAGUGAUACAGAACAAUGCUCUUCCAUUUUCAAAUAAAACCACUUCAUCAAGUGAAACAGUUCGAUCCAUAAUGAAGAAAAAAGAAGGUCCAAAAUGGUUUUGGGAGAAGCAACCUAAUAAAUUGAUGGUGUUAUUAGGGAAAUUGUUCAUAUUUGCCUUUACCUGGGCUGUUGGAGGGAUUUUAAGAAGAGAGGAAGAGCAUGAGGGCGAGACUCUAAUUGGUAUAAACACCAGCCAUGAUGACCUUGCAAAUGUAACACGAGACUUCAAUGACCUUGUUCAUGAUAUAUUUGAAAGUCAACCUUCUGCUAGUAUUCAGAUUCCAUCUGGAGACAAGACUAUUUUUGAUUAUUUUGUGGAUUUGCAAACAGGAGAAUUUGAGCCAUGGGGAAAUUUAGUUCCUAGUACACAACUGCUUAUUCAAAAAGAGACUUCAAACCUUUCAAAUUCCAAUAUGACAGAAAACAAAGAAAGGAAAACAGAGACCUUGACAUUUAUUCCCAAUAUUGAUACAAUACGGCAUAGUUUCCUAACAAGUCUUCUUUUAAUGAAUAAACAUCCAGUUCUGGUCAUAGGGGAUCCAGGGAGUGGAAAGACUGCUAUGAUAGAGGAUAUGUUUGGACGACUUCAGAAGCAAGAUGGAUUAAGUAUGAGAAUGGGAACAAUAUUAGGAGAUGUCUUUUAUUAUAGUGAAAGCUUGUUGAAGACUGUAAGCUCCCUCAAAUCAGAUUCAUUUCGUACUCGGAAAGUAACACUGACUUCAACUAAAGACUUAGUGAGUCUGACCUCACCAAGAGAAGAACCUGAUCUACAAAGGCAAUCUGUUGGAAGUACAAGAAGUGCCAUUAUCUCCACACUACAACUGGGAGCCCAUACCAGUGCUGCCCAAACAAAGGCAUGGAUUAUUCAGAAAUUAAUACUCAAAAAUAAAGACAUCUUGGGUGCUCCAAAAUCUAAGCAGGUACUACUUUUUAUUGAUGAUCUGAAUAUGCCAGUAGCAGAGGAAUAUGGAUCUCAGCCACCACUUGAGCUAAUCCGACAGCUUCUAGAUCUGGGAGGAAUUUAUGACACUCAGCACCUUGAAUGGAAGUAUGUUCAGGAUGUUUCCUUGGUUGCAAGUUGUAUGUCUACCAGUGAAGGAAGUAAUGAGAUCAGUGCCCGUCUUUUGACACAUUUUUGUACAUUAUGUUUGCCUUCAACAUCUUUGCAAUCUUUGCAGCGUAUUUUCCAGGUGCGUCUAGGAACAUACUUUUUCAACAAAAGAUUCGUGGUUGAAGUUCAGAAAUGCAAGGACUACUUAACAUGUGCCUCUAUUGCUUUGUACUAUAGAAUGUUUAAUAAAAUGCGUCCAACUCCAGCCAAAUGCCAUUACACUUUUAACCUGAGAGAUCUUUUCAAGCUGCUUCCAGGAUUGCUCCAAGCACAUCCGUCUGUGAUUGUAUCAAAAGAAACAACGGCGUUGCUUUUUGUGCAUGAAUCAACCCGGGUUUUUCAUGAUCGCCUGAUUGAUUCUGCAGACAAAGAGAUUUUUUACCAAUUUCUUUCAAAUGAGCUCAAUAAUUAUUUUAAAAUUUCUUGGACAAAGGAAAAAAUGAUGGACGAUUCACCUAUUUUUGUGGAUUUUUUGGAACCAAAUACACCUGUGGAGAAGAGAAUCUAUAGAAACAUUACCAGCCAGAAGCGUCUUCUUUUGUUACUAGAAGAAUCCUACUUGAGAAUGCAGUCUCUAAAGCCUCAGAGUACUGCCAUAGUAUUUUUCAAAGAAGCUGUACAACAUAUAACAAGAGCGGCAAGAAUUUUUCGACAAGAGGGUGCUCACAUGACAAUGAUUGGUCUGGAUGGAAAUGGGAAAGUAACCUGUGCAUCCUUAGCCUGUUGCUUAUCUAACUGCAUCCUCUACAGGUUAUCUAUUACAUGCAAUUACAGCUUUGUAAAUUUUAGAGAUGACCUCAAGAAAGUCUAUAAACAAGCAGGUUUGGAAGGCAAGAGGGUAGUUUUUCUCAUCACAGAUUCUGAAAUAAUUCAGGAGGCAUUUUUGGAAGAUCUGAGUUGUAUUUUGAAGUCAGGACAGGUGGCAGACUUAUUUGAAAAGGAUGAGUUGGAUAACAUUAUUACACCGCUUACAUCUUCUGCUGAAAAGAGUAAACACUCCAAUAAAAUAGAAGACGUAUAUUCAUUCUUCUUACAGAGGGUACGUUGCAAUCUUCAUGUGGUUUUGACAAUAAGUCCUGCAGGAAUAGUAUUUCGUCAGCGUUGCCGGACAUAUCCCGCUAUUGUUAACUGCUGUACAGUUGAUUGGUAUAAAGACUGGCCUGAAGAAGCCCUUUGCCAUGUUGCAAAAAGUUACUUUCGUUAUAAUGAUACAUUCGGGAAUGAGAAUUUCAGAAAUGUGCUUGUUGAUGUAUGUGUUAACAUUCAUAAAGAUGUAUCUGUGAUCAUUGAGAAGUACUUGAAAGAAACUAAAAGACACUACUACGUUACUCCCAAUAGUUACCUGCAAUUCAUAAAAACUUUUUCAACUAUAUUGCAGUCAACAAAAGAAAAAAUUGUGAGGGACAGAACCUGCUAUAAUUCCGGUCUGACCAAAAUUCUGGAAGCAACCUCACAUAUUACAGAAAUGCAAGAGGAGUUAUUUAUUCUUGGUCCUCAAAUAGAGAAAAAAUCACAGGAAAUACAGGAACUUGUGGAAAAGCUUCACAAAGAUGCAGGAAUGGUAGAACAAGUUCGAACUAUUGUUAAACAGGAUGAGGAAAACAUGACUGCAGAAACACGUAUUGUGGAAGAGUAUGCCCAGCAAGCAACAGAAGAGCUCAAUACUGUAUUGCCUUCCCUGGAGAAAGCCCUUAAUGCUCUUGAUGCUCUUGACAAAGGCCACAUUGCAGAAAUUAGAGUGUACACUCGUCCUCCCCCACUUGUAUUAACGGUUAUGAAUGCAGUUUGCAUUCUUCUUCAAAAGAAACCUACCUGGACAUCAGCAAAAUUAUUACUCGCAGACCCUGGAUUCCUUAAGAGGUUGGUUACUCUCGACAAAGAUAAUCUACCAGAAAAGGUGUUUGUGCAGUUGAAACAAUUUGUGAAGUCACCUGACUUCAGCCCAGUAAAAGUGGGACUUGUGUCUGUUGCCUGUUGCUCCAUUUGUCAAUGGAUUUUAGCUUUAGAUCAUUAUCAUAAUGUUCAAAAGAUUGUAGGUCCAAAACAAGCAAAGGUAGCAGAAGCAGAGGAACUACUAAAAUGUGCAUAUGAAAAAUUGGCUGAAAAACAAAGAAGUUUAGCCUUGAUUGAACAACAUCAACAAAAUUUAGAAGCAAAGUAUGCGGAAGGUAUUGCUGAACAAGAAAGCUUAGCAGCUCGAAAAGAUCAAACAACUUGCCGUUUGUACAGUGCUUCUGUGUUAAGUACAGCAUUGAAAGAUGAGAUGGAACGCUGGAAGGAAUCUGUUGAUAACUUUGAUCAAAGACUUCAGGGAAUCAUAGGUGAUGCCCUUGUUUCAGCCGCUUGUAUUGUCUACAGUGGUGUCUUAUCAGCAGGAUAUCGUCAACAGAUAGUGGAUGAGUGUGUCAGACUCUGUCAUGAAAACCGUCUGCCCGUUUCUCCAUAUUACUCACUAAUAAACUGUAUGACAGAAAAAAAUGAGGUCCGUAAGUGGCAAAAUGCUGGUUUGCCGCUUGAUCAGUACUCCACAGAAAAUGCUAUACUUGUUAUGUAUGGACAACGGUGGCCUCUGCUAAUUGAUCCAGAAAGACAAGCUUACAAAUGGAUAUAUCAAAUGGCAGGUGGCAAGCUACAAGAGAUUUCUGCUACAGAUGCCUCUUACUUAAGAAAACUUGAGAAUUCUAUGCGUAUUGGUGAAUCAGUCCUACUGCAGGAUCUAACUGAAACACUGGAUUCAAGUAUGAAAUCAAUCUUAAAAAAAGAGAUCUUUAAUAAAGGAGGACAAGAUUUCAUCAGAAUAGGUGAUUCAGAAAUUGAGUUAAACAAAAACUUUAGGUUAUGCAUGACAACACAAAAAGCCAACCCCCAUUUUUUACCAGCAAUAUGUAAUGCUGUCACCAUGAUAAAUUUCACUGUAACAUUCCAAGCUUUGCAAGAUCAACUUUUGUCUGCUGUCGUAAUUAAGGAAAAACCUGAACUGGAACAAAAACGUUGGGAAUUACUAGAAAGUAUUUCCACUGAUCUAGUGACACUUCGUGAACUUGAACAAAAAUCACUUCGACUACUGCAAAAAACAGAUGGUCACCUUCUAGAUGAUCAAGACCUCAUUGAUAAUUUACAGAAAACGAAAAUCACCUCAACAGAGAUUUUUGAACGUGUUGAAGCAUCAGCAACAACAGAAGCCACAAUAGAAACACUCCGUAAAGGUUAUCUUCCUAUUGCAAAUCGUGGCGCAGUGCUCUACUUUGUAGUACUGGACCUUUUUCAUAUCAACUAUAUGUAUCAGUUCUCACUGGAAUGGUUUUGUAAGAUGUUUUCAGAUUCCAUAGAUGAUGUAGCCAAACAAAAAAGUGAGGUUUCUACGAGUUCUUCAGCAAGUUCCAGAAGUCUAAUCUUAAGAAGGCAGAGAGUCACCAAAGACUGUGAAGAAAGUGAGACUGAUUGUUUAAAAAGACAUGUUAAUGAUAUAAUUGAGAAGUUAACAAGUAAUGUUUAUAAGGUUGGUGAAUCUGUUAGACAAAUUAUUUAUUAUGGACAAUGCAACUUUACCUUUCUAAAGUAUAUUGAAUUUUUAUUCCUUAUCCUGCAGACAGUGUCAUCAGCUCUGUUCAGUGAAAAUCAGUUGUGCUUUUCUUUUCUACUGUGCACAGCAAUUAUGAAAAAUAAUAGUGAGGAAAAUCAGUUUAAUAACAAUCUUGGAUUUAUACAAGAAAAUGAGUGGAACUUCUUCCUGCACUCUAGCAUGAUGGCAAAUAUUAUGGACACACAAGACACAGGGAAUAUUGGUUCAUACGCAUUUACGACAUCUCCUCCUCCUCACUGGAUUACUGAAAUUAUGUGGAAAGAAUGUCAGUACAUGAGUACCCACAUGCCAGCAUUCAGCCUAUUAUGUGAAUCCCUCUCAUCAAAUUCUCAGCAAUGGAGAGCUUUUCUGAACAGUCAGAACUUAUAUUACUUGAUUAGUACACCUUAUAGACCAGUGCCAUUACAGCAAGUUUCAGAGCUCCAGCUGAAAAUACUAAGAGAAGAUCAAGGUAAUGCACCUUUAAUUUUUCCUUGGGAUAAGCUUUCUUCAUUUGAAAGACUUAUCUUGAUAAAAGUUCUUCGAUUAGAAAGCUUAAACAGUGCAGUACGAGCAUUUAUAACUGAGAAAAUGGGGUCCAAAUAUCUUUGGACUGGAGGAAUUGAUUUCAAAGCAAUAUAUGAAGAAUCUGAUUCUACUACUCCUCUAAUUCUGAUUCAUGCUCAUGGAGUAGAUAUUGCAGCUGUCCUCCUGCGCCUUGCCCAGGAAAUAAAAGGAAAUACACAACAUGUGAAAAUGAUCUCUCUGGGACGUGGUCAAGGAAGCAAAGCUGAAGAAUUGAUAUACAAAUCACAGAUACUGGAGGGACAGUGGACAUUCCUUCAGAAUUGUCAUCUUGCUGCUUCAUUUAUGCCUAGACUCUGCACAAUUGUUGAUUCGUUGAGCCAAGCAUACAGAAAUAUAGACCCAAAUUUUAGACUGUGGUUAAGUUCAAUACCAGAUACUUCCUUUCCUACAUACAUCUUGAGAAAGGGCUUGAAGAUAGUUAUAGAGUCUCCCCAAGGACUGAAGGGAACAUUGCUUCAGACAUUUGGACUGGGUGGUACUGAAUUGGUAACAGAAGCCGUAUUCAAUAAGACUUCCUGUGGACCAUCAUGGAAAACACUACUCUUUAGUCUAUGUUUCUUCAAUGCUGUAGUUCAUGAGAGAAAGAAGUAUGGAGCUUUGGGCUGGAAUAUUCCAUAUGAAUUUAAUUCUUCAGAUCUGGAGAUUUCCAUCCACAUGCUGGAGUUGCUUCUAGAAAACCAAAAGGAAAUUCCUUGGGCAGCACUGAGCUAUUUGACUGGAGAAGUGGCAUAUGGGGGCCGUGUAACUGAUCACUGGGACCGUCGGUGCUUGCUUAGUGUUUUGGACAAUUUUUACAACCCAUCUGUGCUGCAAGAAGAUUUUGCUUAUUCUGUGGACUGGGUGUAUCGACCUAUAUCUCAAACAGAUACUUUAAAAGACUGCCGAGCCUAUCUACGAUCUCUACCAGAGGCUGAUUCUCCAGAACUCUUUGGAAUGCAUCAAUGCGCUGAAAAAGCAUACUUAAAAUCUCAAGCACAGUUUUUUGUUGAGUCAAUUAUCACUACCCAGCCAGCAAUCAGCACAGACACUAUUAUUAGUGGUGGAAGAAGCCAGGAUGAAAUAAUACUGGAAAUAGCAUCAGACAUUUUAAUUAAAUUACCACUAAUUGUAGAGGAUGUUGGACAAGCACCUGAAACUGAAGGCAAAGCCAAAGAGAAAAUUACAUUUAGAAGCUUCAAGCUGAGUACAGUUUGGGCUACAUUUGUGAAAACUGCAGAAGGUCCUGAUUCUUUUACCAGCUCAACCUUUCUAACUGUCUUGCAACAGGAGAUAGAUCAGUAUAAUAAUUUACUAGCCAUAAUUAUUCAAUCCUUACAUACACUUCAGCAAGGUAUAAGAGGUGAUAUAAUUUUCACCUCAGGACUCGAGGAGCUUUAUAAUUCAAUACUAAAAGCCAAAGUGCCUGAACAGUGGCAGCAACAUUCCUAUGAAUCUCACAAACCUCUGGGAUCCUGGAUUGAUGACCUUAUUAUACGAGUGAAUUUCUUUGCCAUGUGGGCUAAUCGCGUUAUCAUCUUUAUGAAGUCAAGGUAUAAUCAUUUAUUGAUACUUCAGAGACAAACAAGAACAGUGCUUCAGACUAGUGAAGAAACUGACUCCACCAAUGACAACUAUAAGGGACAUCCCAGUUGCUUUUGGCUUCCUGGUUUCUUUUUUCCACAUGGGUUUCUUACUGCUGUCCUUCAAAAUUAUGCUAGGCAGAAUGAAAUACCUGUCGAUUCUCUUACUUUUGUCCACAAAGUUCUGCCACUCAGUCAAGAUGAAGAACAAAAUCUCAGAAGCUUGAAGAGAAAAGAAGUCAUAUUAAACAAAGCUUUUAAGGAACCUUCUCAGUGUGAAAAUGGAAUUAGAAUGUUUGGCUUAUACAUAGAUGGUGCAUGCUGGAGCCCCAUUACAGAGUCAUUGGAAGAGCUUGAACUGCAUGAGAGAUUCCAUGCACUACCAGACAUCCUUUUUUUACCACAAAAGAUGGACCACAACUCCAGAUGCCAUUAUUUAGAGGAGGAAGCAGUCUUGCUAAUUUAUGAAUGUCCAUUAUACAGAACACCCCAAAGAUCCGGAAUGCUUUCUUCCACUGGUGUGUCAACUAAUUUUAUAACUGCAGUCAGUUUACCAACUCUUAUUGCGCCCAGUCACUGGAUAACUAGAGGAGUUGCAAUGUUAUGCCAACUAGAUGACUGAGAACCACCACUCUCCAGGAUCAUAAAUCCCCUCUGAAAUACUGUUUUAACCUGUUAUGCACAACCCAUGUUUUAAUAGUUUGACGUUCAAGAAUAAAUGCUAUCUUCUGUAA